AUGAACCUUGAAGGGGUUGACAAGGUCAAAAAGGUGCGUUUACAAACUCUACAAGGAGAGUUUGAAUCCUUGCGUAUGAAUGAAUAUGAACCUAUUUCAAAUUUUGGUAAUAGAGUAAUGGUUAUUGUAAACCAAAUGAAGCGAUAUGGAGAAAAGGUGGAAGAUGUUCAUAGGAGAAAAAAAAUCAACGAGGACAUAGAAGAGGAGGAAGGAAGGGGACGUGGUCAUGGUCAAGGAAGAGGAGAUCGUGAUAAUUUUGACAAUAGAGAUGAUUAUCAACCUACUAGAGGUCGUGGAAGGGGAAAAGGAAAAGGCAGAGACAAUUUUGGUAGGCCAUAUGAAAGGAGGUAUGAUAAAUCUAAUGUUGAAUAUUUCAAUUGUCACAAAUAUGGUCAUUACUCUUGGAAGUGUAGAACAAAUGUUGAAGAGAAUGCCAACUUUAUUGGAGAGAAAGCAGAAGAUGAAGAGCCAACAUUGUUGCUAGCACUUAACAAUGAAGAGAAGUGUGACAAAUGCUUAUGGUAUCUUAACAAUGGAGCAAGUAAUCAUAUGUGUGGUUACAGGAAAAAGUUUUUGGAGUUGGAUGAGAAGGUGAAAGGGAAUGUUUCCUUUGGCAUUUCUUCCAAGGUGCAAAUCCAAGGAAAAGGUACCAUUUUAAUUUCUUUAAAAGAUGAUACUCACAAACUGAUUAUGGAUGUUUAUUAUGUUCCUAAACUAAAAAGUAAUAUUUUAAGUUUGGGACAACUUGUUGAGAGGGGAUAUGAAAUCCUUAUGAAAGAUUGUUGUUUGUGGCUUAGAGAUCAAAAUUCUAACUUGAUUGCCAAGGUGUUUAUGUCAAGAAACAGAAUGUUCAUUUUAAACAUUGAGACUAUUGAAGCUAAAUGUUUGAAGACUAGCACAAAAAUGAAUCAUGGUGUUGGCAUAAGAGAUUUAGGCACUUAA